GCCAUCAGGACUUUUAUUUUGAAGUAUGGAGUGUUAAGAGACUCUUACUUUUUUUUCCCACUGUUUCUUUUUUCAUUUUUGUUCACGUCUGUUUUCUGUUACAUUUAGUAAAGACUUGUCACUUAGAUAUAAUGAAAACUGUAUUCGUAACUGUCGGGACAACGAGUUUUGAUGAUCUGAUUGGCGCUGUGACUUCAGAUGAAUCCGUGAAGGCAUUAAACGAGCGUGGCUACACAGACGUGGUGCUUCAGGUUGGCAGAGGCUCAGUUGUUCCUGAUCCAGACAGCUGUCCAGGACUGACACUUCAAGUGUUUCGUUUCAAAGACUCAAUCGCCGAUGAUAUGAGACACUCAGAUCUGGUCAUCAGUCAUGCUGGAGCAGGAAGCUGUCUGGAAGCACUCGGAGCAAAUAAACCUCUCCUUGUUGUGGUCAAUGAUAAAUUAAUGGACAAUCACCAGCUGGAGCUCGCAAAGCAGCUGCAGGCAGAUUCACAUCUUAUCUACUGCACUUGCAGUACUCUGCCUCAGACUUUGAGGGAUAUGGAUCUGUCUGCUUUGACAACCUAUGUGCCUGGUCAACCGGAGAACUUCGCCAGCUUUUUAGAUAAGGCUGUUGGACUUGUUUGAGAGCUCUCUC